AUGGGGGCCGGGCUGCUGAGGGCCCUCCUGGGCCUCACACUGGCCCAGGUGCAGAUGACCCCACAGGGCCUGGACCUGCAGAAGAUGGUAGGAUUCUGGUGGGAAGCUGGUGUGGCCUCCAGAGAAAACUUGGCACUAAAGACCCCGAAGAGGCUGGAGGCCUUGUUCCUGACCGUGAGUGGGGAGACGCUGACCGUGACGGUCGCCUACAACAACUCAGGCAGUUGUCAGACUGAAGAAAUAGUGAGCUCAGAAAUGAAUGUUUUGGGGAAAUUUGUGUUUCCUGGCCGCCGGGAGAUCCACGUGAUAGACACGGACUAUGAGCAGUACGCCAUCCUGCGCGUGUCCCUCCAGUGGCAGAACAAGGAGUUUUACGUGUUCAAGUAUUUCACUCGGAGCCUGGGCGGCAAGUGUGAGCCCGGGUUCCUGAAGUUCCGGGAGCUGACCACAGACAUGGGGCUGUACCUGGUGGGCCGGCACGGGAGGUGUGCUAGGCUCCUGAAGGAGGUGAGUCUUAACCCCCAGCUGAGAGCUGACCUAGGGGAGCCGCUGCCCCCAAGGGGAUGCUUGGAGCCCGGCUCACCCGGCCUCCCUGGGCCGCCAGCCCUGGGAGGCCACCUGCAGCUGCUCUGUCCUAAUAAACUCUACAGCCAAACCCAUGGUCCCGUCUUUCCUGGGGGGCGAGGGGUGACGGGUGAGCUGGUGGGGUCAACAAACGUUCAGCAGCUGCCCUGGAGCCUCUGCCGUGAGCGGCAGGCUGAGCUGAGACCCCCUCCGGCCUGGCUACUGUCGGCCACCGGCGGGAAGCCCACCCCCUUGUCUCUGCUGGGCAGAUGGCUGACACUUGGAGGUGGGGUGCAGUCAAGGACCAUGAGGGCAGCUGGGGUGUCGGGGCAGCUGCCCACCUGCCAGGCGGACCUGGACACGUGCCUUCCACCCCUGCUCAUGAAGCUGUUCACCCGUGGGACGGAGAGACGCUAUCCCCGCCGCAGGGAACAGUUCCGUGGGUGA